UGGCGACCCGUCUCAGCGUUUGCUAGAUUGAUACCUGUCUAGACUCCCUUCUCAGGAUGUCCUCUCGCCCUGAGUAUACCGACUGGACUUGGACGAAGAUGACAGGGAACAGCUGUAUCAUCUACUGUGCUACGUCCUGGGCAGCUCUCCGUGGUACACGUCGCAUCCUGCAUGCCUGAUUUCGCUUUCUACUUGCCCCGAAGUCUAUCCGUCUGUGUCUGCGAGUCUCACUGGGGUUCUUCUGUGACACGACUUGAGUCAAAUUCAAAUAGGACUGUCGAUUAGACGGUUGUCAUACCAUCGUUCUCGCAUGCUUUGAAGAUGCGCAUCGAUGGUUACAAUUACUAUGGGGUCAGCCGUGGCACCAUUCUGUGUCCGGGCUGUUGGUCUACCUAGCAGACCUUAGCUCUGUCGACGCGCGAUGCCCUGAGGGCCUGGAUAUGGUAUGGAAGAAUCUGGUGGCGUUCUGUUACUAUUAACAGGACGAAUAAUGUCUAUGGCUUCUCCAUCAUAGAUCAUAGAUCUGCAGCGUUCUGCGCGGAGGAUAGGCCUACCCGGUGGUCCGGAGGCAUUCCAUCGCCGCAAGAAAGGCACUCCACCUGUCGCGUAAGACUUUUUUCUCCGACAAUCAGACGCAGGCGCUGUGCGAGAGAUAUGGAACAGGGUGACGGGUCUCAAUAGGCUCAAUAGAUGCGUUGGAGCUGCUGGGCGUCCCGUCACUUAUUGACUCCCCAAAGCGGCAAUGCUGUGUCAUACAGCGUCAAAACCACCUCGAGUGACCGCGGCACCAGAGACACUUUUCAAUGUCACUUCUACUAUUGCUGGCGUGUAAUGGGCUUAUUCUUUUUCCUUGCCCGUUGCCGUCAUCGUUGACCGGCCUGUUUGUACAAUGCUCGGCUGGCGAACCCUCCCUCCAUGCGUCUUGCCAACAUUCUAUUGACGGGCUAUGUCACUCUCACUUUUAUUUAUACUUAUUAUUUGGUAGUGGAUAUUCUGUCUCUGGCAUGAUCUUCAAUAAGCAUCCUGUGAAUCUUUUGCUGCGAUUCAGCUUCUCAAUAGCAUCUGGGGUCCUGUUUCUCACCUUUCCCCCCCCAUCGCUUUCCCGGGACUUUCACCAAUACACUUUUUCAGCUGUCGGCUUCUUGCUUGAAAAGAGAAAUGACCUUGUUGAUGCUGGUUCUUGUUUGAGGAUUUAUCUUUUUUCUCGCUUCCCCUGAUAGUGCCGGUGACUUUGCUUGAGGCAGAACCUAGGGAGCCUAAACCACCGGUCCAAAAUGGGCCCUCCUGUUCUUCAGUUUGAUAUGGACGCGCGGACAGCGUCAGGAGAACAUUCUUAUGCUACUGCCAGAGCCAUCCCAGCUCUAGCUUGCAUCUCCGUCAUCGUCAAUAUCCCAUCGCUGAUCUUACACUUGCGGAAUCGAAAUUGGCCUGUUACUUGCAUCGCCUGUUGGUUUGUCAUAAACAACCUUUUUACUACCAUUAAUGCUCUUAUUUGGAAUAACGAUGACAUGAACUCGUGGUGGGAUGGAGUGGGACUGUGCGAUAUUGAAGUCAGGCUUCUGGCAGCCAGCUACGUCGGCGUGCCUGGCGCCGUGGUCUGUCUAUUUCGCAGUUUGGGGGCUGUGCUGGAUACACGCUGCACCACUUUGGUUCCUAGUGAAGCGCAACGCCGGCGCACGCUUUGCAUCGAAGUCCUCUUCUGUGUGGUAGCCCCGAGCAUGUUGGUGAUUACCAGUUAUGUGGUGCAGACGAACCGAUACGCGAUUUUCGAGAUCUCAGGAUGCACCUUUGUGUCCGAUCAAAGCUGGCUAAGCGUCGUACUGCUUUAUAUGUGGCCAGGGAUAAUCUGCCUGAUAGCCAUAUACUACUGCUGUCUGGUUAUAUUCCGCAUCUAUAGAUACCGAUCCCAAUUUGGCGAUAUUCUCAGGUCCUCUGGAACCAGCUGGACCAAGUCGAGAUUCUUUCGCCUUUUCAGCCUUGCCCUCUUAAUAUUGCUGGCGAUCGUCUCAUUUCAGACAUACUUUCUCUAUGAAAACGUCAGGUGGCUUCUUCCAGACUGGCACGGUUUUCAUUGGGACAAUGUUCAUGGAAAAGAAUGGAAAUACAUCAUCAUGAUUUCUACCCACGGCAGCAGUUUUGUCGACAGUUGGGUGUUCAUUAUCGGCGGUUUUAUCGUCUUCAUCUUCUCUGGAUUCGGCCAAGACGCCACCAAGAUGUAUCGCUCUGUGCUUUCAAAACUUGGCUUCGACCGUUGCUCUUCUUGUCUAUCCCGUCGGUGGAAGAGCAGCACUCUCUCCAUUACUGGCUCCCAAGGGAGCGGCCGGGGCAAGUUAAGGUGCGAACCAAAAUGGCCUUCCAUGCCAAGGAACUACGCAAAUCCGUAUGAUCCAUUUUAUCGAAGCUUGCACCCGCAGCAGUCCGAGAUGGAAGGGAAUACCCCAUCUUCAUGGCCAAGAGCCGUGUGGAAUUUCCUCCGAAAACCCAUUUCUUCUGCCUCUACCCCUUGCGAUCUCAAUCGCACGGCAUCUCCUGCUUCCCGAAUUUACCCACCAUUAAACAGCGUCUCUGCCAAUGCUUGGGCAGAUAGAAGCGAAAGCAGUCAUAGGACUGGCAGUUUCGGUUCGGCGUCGUUUUCUACGGAUGAGGGCAUUAUUCAGGUGAGACAGUUUAUCAGCCAGAAGAGCGAGUCUAUGAAUCUCAACGUCUAGAUACCCGGGUGAUCUUUCUGUUUUGAUUUCAUACUAUCUGGGCGUUGGGCGUUCUGGUACUUUUGUCUUCUUGACAUAUCAGUAGUGCCUUUUCAGCUAUGUUUUGCUCCGUCAGAUAUUUCUUUUCCUUGCAGUGCCUACACUUGUCUGCCACUGAAGGAUCGCAAUUAAUAAUAUCAAGUACCUAUUGUAAUGAACAGAGGUUGACAGACA